UGUGCGGCGAGCGGCCAUCUUGGAUAAGGCAGCUCCUACUUGAAGCCAGGAUAACCCGUAAAAACCUCCUCCGAAUAGCUCAACUCCAACGUCUUAAAGCUUCAUUUCUGAGCCACGAUGGCCACCGCACCAUACAACUAUUCCUACAUUUUUAAAUACAUCAUUAUUGGGGACAUGGGGGUAGGGAAGUCAUGUUUGCUUCACCAGUUCACAGAAAAGAAAUUCAUGGCAGACUGCCCCCACACGAUCGGCGUAGAGUUCGGCACAAGGAUAAUUGAGGUGAGCGGCCAGAAGAUCAAGCUGCAGAUCUGGGACACGGCCGGACAAGAACGCUUCCGGGCGGUGACCCGCUCCUACUACCGUGGCGCGGCGGGGGCACUGAUGGUGUAUGACAUCACUAGGAGAAGCACAUACAACCACCUCAGUAGCUGGUUGACUGAUGCCAGAAACCUCACCAAUCCCAAUACCGUGAUCAUUCUCAUAGGAAACAAAGCCGACCUGGAGGCCCAACGAGACGUCACGUACGAGGAAGCAAAACAGUUUGCAGAGGAGAACGGUCUGCUUUUCCUGGAGGCCAGUGCAAAAACAGGUGAAAAUGUGGAGGACGCCUUCCUGGAGGCGGCCAAAAAGAUUUACCAGAACAUCCAGGACGGCAGCCUGGACCUGAAUGCCGCCGAGUCGGGCGUCCAGCACAAGCCGUCGGCCCCACAAGGUGGCCGAUUAACCAGCGAACCACAGCCUCAGAGGGAAGGCUGCGGCUGCUAAUGACCAAGCAAGGACAUCCCCUUCUUGUCCCUUUUUGUCUGACCUCCCUCAUCUGCAUCGGAGGAGGGCUGGAUGACAUCUGUCCCUCCUUAAAACCCCCCCUCAGUGUUUUGUUUGCUCCUCUUGCACCAAUCAGCUCCCCUUCGUCCAUUAGACGGCACAUUAAUUAAUUACAUGGUUACUGUCACUGCGAUACUGUUUUUUUUUUUUUUUAAGUGUGCUUUUAUAGCUCUAAAAAGACAACUUCUGUAUGAAUUAGACCUACUUCUUACAUUCCUGUAAGAAGGUGGCUUUUAAUUAAAUGUCACCAAGAUGUGAGCAGAAGCAGGAUUUGUCUCUAGUGGAAGGAAUACUGUGUGCGUGUGGAAAGACUUAAAUUAAAAUGACAUCUUUAUAUUUUUGUUUUUAAAAAUGCUUCAUAGUCAUAUCACAAGCACCAUUGUUUGUUGCCUUAUUUUUAUUAUAAUAAAUCCUCAUUGUUGGGCUGCUCCUAACACCCAAUUUAGACUUUGAACUGAAUCUAAGACGGGUCGUCUUAUAUGCGGGGCAGUCACAUUUAAAAGCAGCAUGGCCUUGACUUCACACGUCAAACCUUUAAUGUGAAAUGGCCACCUUGUAUUAUAAGAAUAAAGUGCACCAAGCAGCAUGCCCUGCUUCCUUUUAAACAGAACAUCAAAUCCCAAUUACUUCUUCCUAGUUUGGACAGCUGUAAAUAUAAAUAUUGCUAAUUAUUUGCUGGCCGUGUACAGUUGAUGUGCUAGUAGUGGGUUGCCUGUAAUUCACUGCAUUCUGGGGACAUUCUGUAACAUAGUUUCUAUUAUUAAUAAUAAAUGUAUGUAGACACACACAAACACACCCUCACUAAGACCACCAUCCAUCCGCACACUACUGAACUUGCCGGAUUCUGUAUUACAAAACUUGUAUUUAUGUCUAACAUUUAACUCUCUGCUUUGUACAGAGUCGACACUUUUUGUUUAUAUAUUAUAUUUUCCCCCACCUGAUACGUGGGGAGGAGUCCUGCAUCGCUGUCUUAACUCUUUGCUAGUGGGUAAGUCGAUGGGGUCGUCCUUUUCCCUUUUGCUGUCUUGAGUGACCACUUCCUGCUUUUGUCUGUCCAGAAGAAAGAAAAACCAACGUACAUAUGUAUAAACUUUUGAAAGAAACAGGAGCCGUGCUAACAUUUAAAUGCAUUCUUUUUGCGUGUAUGAUUUUAAAAUGUUGACAUUUUGAUUUAAUGACAAAAAAAAUUAGACGGAAAAGAAAAAAUAAAUUAUACAUAACC